AUGAAGACGAUCAUCGCAACCAUCCUUGCUCUUAUUGCCUGCGUUUCUCUAACGCAAGGUUUCACCCCAAGCUUUUCUCUUUCGCGUCCAACUCUCGGCCUUUCCAUGACUGGUGAAGCCGGUCAGAAUCAGGAAGGCUGGAAGGGCCAACGCGGAGGUCAGGACAAACACGACGAGAUGUGGGAAGCACAGCAAGAGUUGUUACAGAGCCGGCGUGAACACAGCGGUAGUAAGGAGGAACGCAUGGACAAGUACAGCAACCCAGAUGUCGAUCACCACGAAGAGCUCAAGAAUCCCUGGAGCAAGUCGAACGACAAGGAUGACCACUACUCGCAAAACGGACAGUUGUAA